UUAGAGCUCCCUGUUACUGAUAUGUAUCUGCUUUGUUUUGAUGAAGACAGACUGCUUGCAAGAGGAGGAGGAGGAGGAGAAAGUUUAGAGUGGGAGGCCAAAAAGUCUAAAAUGAAGUCAGAUGCGCAACGGGUUUUUUUUGGGAAUGAAAGGGGAGAAGGGGGUCUGCUAUUCUGACCCAGGCAGGCGAAGUUAGCGCCUGUUGGGCCGCCGUGCCACCGGACACUCCGGACCAUGACCGUGGACAGCAAGCGCAUGGAGGAGACGGACAUUGACGUAGGGGGACAGACGGAUGGUAGUGACGAUCUGAAGAAUACAGGUCUUUCAGUGAUAAAUACGAGUAAUUCCGAGUUUGCGCAAAGCGCUUCAUCCUUCACUCCUGAAGUGCGGGAGGAGGGAGACUUUGCAGCCCGGCUACAGGAUGGUCCAGACAGGAGAACCGCCUCGGUGAAGCCUCCGUACUCAUACAUCGCUCUCAUCACAAUGGCCAUCCUCCAGAGCCCGAAAAAAAGACUCACCCUCAGUGAGAUAUGUGAUUUUAUCAGCCAGCGCUUUGCGUAUUAUCGGGAGAAGUUCCCUGCUUGGCAAAACUCAAUCCGUCACAACUUGUCUCUAAAUGACUGCUUUGUCAAAAUGCCGCGGGAGCCUGGGAAUCCUGGCAAGGGGAAUUACUGGACACUGGAUCCCAUGUCGGCAGGUAUGUUUGAAAACGGGAGUUUUCUUCGGCGGAGGAAACGCUUCAAGAGGCAACAUUUCUAUUUGGGGGCGUUGAAGGACUGCAGGGCGAAGGAGCGCAGCCUGAUGCCCGUGUUUCCUCUCCUCGGAGGGCACAGGAUGAGUUCUUGUCUCCAGGCUCCUGAAUUGUACCAAGACUUGGGCUUCAGAAGUCGAUUAAGCCCCCACACUAUUCCCAGCAUCCCACAUGUAAGCAGCAUCAUACCUGCACUCUCCUCUCUCCUCUCCAACAAUUUCCCCUCAUGUCGAACGUUUGAACAUUUCGACCCCGGACGCUGCACGGCUGUCCCAUCUCUGGCUCCAAACUGCUCGUUCAUGCCUCCUGUCUCGCUGCACGGAAUGAACUACCCUGCCUCUCAGCUAUCCCAUUUCCCUACUGGGAUCCUAAAAGUUUCGUCUAAUUUAAUUUAAUGUAGCUUAAUGAUGCCUUUCUUGAACGGAAUCUUCUUAUUCUUCGACUGAGAAUAAACCCAUGGUACAUUAUGUACAAAUACAGUUUUUAAUGAUGGCAUACGCUUGCAAACAGGCCUCCAUAUUUGUUUUUGAAUAAGGGAUAUUUUACAGUUAUGUUUGGAAUAGAAUUCAGAAUGAAUUCAGAGUCUGCAAAUUGAAUUAAAUAUCAAAGUGUAUCGUCAUAGACACUAUCAAAUAAUGUAGCUUAUACGAUUCUUUUACAUUUUGGUUGAUUGUAUUACAUUUUUUUUCUCUUUGUUUCUACGAAAUUAAGACUAGACUUAACUGUACGAUUUGUGUGAAAGUAUGUGCACUAGAGCUUAAAAGAAGAAAAAAUAAAUCACAAAAGUAGGCCAUUUAUUCCAUAUUCUUAAUAUAGCCAAACUCAACGCAAAUAAUUAGGCCUUUAUACCAACAACAAUAAUAAUAUGCUUUCAAAUAAUUUUUCGGCAAAGGAGGCCGUUUAAUUUGUAAAGAUCAGAAUAAAUAACAUUUUUAUUACAAUAGGCCUACUAUAAUAAAUAAAAAGUAGGCUAGUAGCCUAUAUGUGAAAUGCAGUUAGACCUUCUUGGAUCCAAUAACAAUCCAAAUCUGCAUCUCUUAGGUAAAUGUUCAACCUAUCCGAUAUGGCCUAUGGAUUUGCACAAACACAGCCUACUUACACUUGUCUAAAAUAAAUGUAAUUUGUUCAAAUGUGACGACGUUGCUGCGUUUAUUUUGCUGUGGCUGGUGGAUCAGAUGUAAACACAUGAUCUAAGCAUGUGCACAUUUGAUUUCUCCCUCCCUUGUUAAUUGAUUAUCCGUUUGAGUAGCCUGUGUGAUUUCCUCCACAUCAUGUUUGAAAGAGGUCUUGCUUUAAAAACAGGCCUCCACAUCACAUCACACGCUGGCCUGAAUAAGCAGCGCAGUGUUCAGCAUGAAUAUCAAACACAUCUGUUCAUCUGGCCGUCAGGUAGGCUAUUACAAGUUCAAACUGCACCGUAGGCUUUAAUCGGCCUAUAGGUGCUGUUUGUUUUGUUAUGUAGAAAUAUGAGCGGUAGAAGUGCGGGUGCUUUAAGAUAGGAAAGAUUCAGAUCGUAUAGAAAAAGUAGCAACACCACAACUGAAAAAUACACAAUCAAGAUUUUCCAUAAGUACUGCAAAUGUAUGACCAGUAGGCUAAAAUGUAGUUACUGAAUAACUAAAGGUAAGGCUAGUCACCAUGCAGAUUGGCCCUUUUUUCUGAGAGAUGCAUCACUAUUUUAAGUGAAGUUUAUCUGUUAGUUCAUUAUAAAUAAAUGCAUAAAGCUGUAUUGUUUUACAUGCAAAAUGUAAUUUGUAAAUGUUUGAGGAAACUCCAUCCGAUGGCUGUAGUUACUUAAGUUAAAAGUACAACAUUUAGUUUGUAUCUGUGUUUGUAAGAGAUUAUAGUUUGUAAAACAAGGUGAGUGUGUAAGCUGUUGCGACACUAAUUUGAACAGUGGAGAUAUGUUGACUGGUAAGAAGAAGCAGUAUCAUGGGCUAAUGUGAGAUUAGAACAAAUCUGCAGUGUGAUGAUUGUUAAUCUGUUUUCCUGCAGAGUCCUGCCAUUAAUGCAAAAUAACAUUCCUUACAAGAGGAAACUCAAACUUUACAUGAACUAUCUAAUGUGUUAUAUAACCAUGCAGUUCAUUCUAUUUUUUAGUCUUAAAGUUUCACAUUUUACAAAUAAAAACAUGAGGUGCAAGGGCAUUAAUACAGCUAAGGACGUAGGAACAAUUUUUGCACUAUUACUUUGAUCAACCCCAGACGAACAAAUGUAUAAAAUAAAUCUUUCCAGGGAUGUAGCUGCUGGUGUAAGUGUGAUGUGGCUCAUCUGUAAACAGCUGCCUUCCACCUAAAUAACCCCUUAGGGAGGAGUUUGCUUUAUUCAAUUACAGCACACAGUCCUGUUUCUCUCUUUG